AAAGCCGUAUCAGAACACAAGUUUAUAGAGGUACUUAUAUACCAGCACGAUUAAGCAUGACUUUUGCACCCAGAUAGCCCAGUCACUCAACUGCCAUCGUGACUAGCGGUCGCUCAACAUGUGGUACUUCUACUUGGGCGCAUUCUUCGUGUUUUUAAAGAUCUAUAAUAGAUUAACUUCGGGAAUAUGCUACUCAGACACUGUGAUGACGGGGAAGGUGGUGAUAGUGACUGGUGCGAACAGUGGUAUAGGGUUCCAGACGGCUAUGGAGAUAGCUAAGAGGGGCGCGAAAGUGAUAUUAGCCUGUAGGGACGAUGUUAAAGGAAAGAGAGCUGAGGCUUCGAUAAAGAAGGUUUCGAAGAAUAUUUUGGUUAGGUAUGAAUAUUUGGAUUUAAGCUCGUUAGCUUCUAUAAGGAGAUUUGUAGAGGAAUUUAAACAGAAUGAAGCUAAAUUGGAUGUUUUGAUAAACAACGCUGGUGCUAGCGGUAUGGGUAGUAAGAAAACUGCAGAUGGAAUAGUGAGAGAUAUGCAGGUGAAUCAUUUCGGACCGUUUUUGUUGACAAUUCUUCUAGUGCCGUGGUUGAAGAAGGGUGCUCCGAGCAGGAUUGUGAAUGUGUCAUCUUACUUCCAUAGAUUCGGGACGAUUAAGGAUAUAAAUGAAGAAGGGAAGUAUAGUUUCUACAGGAUUUACGCUAACAGUAAAUUGUGUAACGUUCUAUUCAGCAAUGAACUAGCUAGAAGGCUUGAAGAUACAGAUGUGGCGGUGAACAGUUUGAACCCGGGGCAGGUUAACACGUCUUUCUAUAAGAAUGCAAAGUUUUUGGAGAAGUUGCGAAGUAUGGUGCUGUUUACUUUUUUCAAGAGUCCUUGGGAAGGCGCGCAGACGAGUAUUUUCCUGGCUAUCUCUGAUGAUUGUGAUUUCAUGACGGGGAGGUAUUUUAUGGAUUGUGAGGAGAGUAAGAUGUCUUUCAAAGCUACUGAUGAGGAGGACGCCAUGAGGCUGUGGAAAAUGUCUGAGGAGACUAGUCAAGUUGAGGCCGGAGGAAGCUAUUUGAGGUAGCGUUAUGUCUGAUGUAACUACAUAUAGAUAAAUUACAUAGAUGAUGCAAAAUAUCGGAUGGAUUUUUAUUCCGAUAGAGAGUACAGGGCCAGGGUUAUGCCAGAUUGUCAAAGGUUUAUUUUUAAUAAUUCCGACAUCACUAAAGGCGCUAUUUUAAAUCAGUAGUCAAACUAUACAUAAGUGGUGAACGUUUGAAAUAUUAUUAUUUUUUUAUUUACUUUUACGGCCAGUUUCAUCAACCACAUUUGACACGCAGCAGAUGUCUAUGGAACUUCCCAUACAAUACAAUUUAACGAACGCUUAAACGGUGACAGACGGUUUGAUGCAACCGGCCCUUAUACUCGUCGAUUUGAUUAAUACUAAAAUAUGUCAAUUAAUUAAUUUUAAUUUUGAAUUUACUGUCAAAAAUUCAUUUCAAUACUAUUUUUUAGAGGAUGGAUUCUUAUUUUUAAAUUACGUCCAAAUCGAAGAAGGUUUUCCAUGACAAGUAGAUGUAAGGGUAAUAGUGGUCUCAGUAGUUAGAAUUGCUUACGUAUUGAUGUUUUUAGUCUUGGAUAACCUUUUCAUAUUGAAGCUUAUUUUUAGCAAUUUCACAAUGAAAUGUAGAAGAUUUUUUUAGUAAAUUACUAUGUAAUGUCAUUUAGUAAGUGUAAAAAGGUAUUCCUUUCAACUAAGCGAUUAUUUAUCAGCGUGUAAGUUGUUAUAGCGGUUGCAGAUGUAAUAAAUCUUAGUAAUAAUUCUAUUUAAAUACAACAGAAUUUUUUUAUAAAUAA